UUGACGAGCUAUUGAGGUAUAUAAGGUCUAGAUUUCUGCAUAAUAUUGUCUCAUGUUCCCAGUGUGACGUUUACCUCUUGCUCACACUGAUCGAAGGAACAUGGCUCUAAUAUUAAUUCCACUCCUGUCGGUACUGGCACUCUCCAAUGCAGGCGCUGUGCCAUUCAGGUUCGAUCCUAGAAUCAUAAAUGGCGAAAAGGUGCAAAUAGGUGAAAUUCCAUAUCAGGUAUCGCUUCAAAACAAAGGAUCGAACCGUCACUUUUGCGGUGGAUCGGUGCUUAAUGCAAAUUAUGUCCUCACAGCAGCGCACUGCGUCCAAGGCACAACUCCCAGCUCGAUCGAAGUCGUUGUUGGCACUGUAAACGUCAAUGUUCGAGUUUCAGUGCACCAGGUUGAAAAGAUUAUCGUCCACGAGAAGUACAACUCUAGAGACUCCUGGAUAAACGACGUAGCCUUGAUCAAGGUGAAAACGAGGUUCGUGACAAGCACACGUGUUGCUCCAGUUCCUCUGCCGAAAGCAACCGAUGUUAUUCCUGUCAACGCACCAGCUGUAGUAUCAGGAUGGGGUUCUGAUGUCUAUGGCGGAUCAACUACGAAGGAACUGUACAAGGCGCGGAUCUUUAUAGCUGAUCAAGCUAAUUGCAGGAAUGUUUACAAACGUGUAUACCAAAACGUUUACGACUCACACAUCUGCGCCAAUGAUCCUUCGGUCGAAAAGGGAGCGUGCAACGGUGAUUCUGGUGGUCCUCUCACUGUCGAUGGAAAAAUUGUGGGCAUCGUGUCUUGGUCUAUGGCGUGUGCACUCACUAACUAUCCUACAGUUUACACUCGCGUCACGUCUCACUUGGAUUGGAUCGCGAAGAAUGCAGUCUGAUUCGAGAAAGUUUCACCAAGCGAUACUUUAUCCGAACAUCUGUUCUUAAAUAUUCUUAAAUGCGAAUCUUCCACCUACAUUUCUGCGAAUAUUAAAACAACUGGAAUCGAUUAAAGUAGCAUUGCAAAUUAAAAAUAAUUACAAUCCUCGACGAACUGAAAACACGAGAGAAAUAUUUAAAUCUUUUUUAAAAAUUUAAAAAUUUUGUACGUAAAACAUGUUUGUACUUUCAGAUAUUACAACAGAUAAUAAAACUGAUGAUUCAGAUAUAA